UUAACUUCACCACCAAAAAAAAAAACAAAGCCUGGUGACCAGAUUAAAGCAAAUCGGUAUCAAAGAAUUAGACUGGAUCCAUGUAACGAUUUUUGAACUUCUUGGCUACGUUCAGCAUUAUCAUGGAUAAAAAGCAUACCCAAAUACUUUGAUUUUUUUUAAAUACAAAAAUAUAUUGAGUACAUUGAUUAGUCUUUGUGUUUUUGUGUUUUUUUUAUUUUUUAUUUUUAUUUUUUAUAGUUUUUUUGGUUGCUAAACAUUCGUUAGUCACUUUUUAGUCCUAUAUUUUGAUAACCGAGUUAACAUUUGGUAUUUCGAAUAUACCUGUCAAAGAUUUUUCCACAUCAUACGCCUGUAUUUGUAUCAUCGUAAACGGGUUACACAAUAACCGAUUACCCACUUAACAAUGCAAUCAAAUCUUGUUAGCUAGCGCUUCGGCUUAAGCCGGGAAUUGCAUGCUUGCGAUCUCUUCCUCCAUGAACAUGAAGAACUACAUGGAGAUUGGAUAAUACAAGUAUUCAGGUUUAAUCACACACUGAAAAGCGGUUUUAGAAGAUAUUCCUAGCCACAAGGAACGUUCUUAAUUGACGAAUCAACUUAUUUCACUGCCACGGAGAAGUCAAGGGUUGAACAUGUUGGUGAUUCCUCCAUAUGGGCUUUGCUAAUCCGAAACUUUCAGUUGCAGUUAUACUUUCAUUAUAGUCCGAGUAUUGAAGGCCCUUGCAAUCAUGCUGAUCAGGAAUUUACUUUCGAUCAACAUCCACUGUUUGAGAUACUUUUCAUCUGCAGUACCAUGUUUGCUUAAAGUCGGAGACAUCUUAAAGCAAACGAGAACAUAUUCAAAUGAAGAUGUCCUUGAAUAUUCCAAGGUCACCCAUGACUCUAAUGCUCUGCAUUUUGAUUCUGAGUUUGCUCAAAAUGCUGGAUUUCAAGAUCGACUAGUUCACGGGAUGCUUGUUGCCAACAUGUUUCCUCGGAUAUUAUCUUCUCAUUUCCCCGGAGCUGUAUAUGUUUCCCAAAGCUUGAAUUUCAGGAAGCCGGUCUAUAUUGGAGAAAAGGUUGUUGGUGAGGUACAAGCUAUAAAUUUAAGAGAGAACAAGAACAGAUACCUAGCAAAAUUCAAAACAAAAUGCUACAAAAAUGGUGAGCUUGUUAUUGAUGGCGAAGCUAUGGCUAUCUUACCCUCGCUGACGGUGGCACAAGUGUGUUCUACGAAUGAUAAGUAGCUUCUAUCGACCAGUGACGCAUUUGCAUUUGCACUAGCAUCUUGAAGCUGGUAUUCAUCACUUUACAUUCUAAUUUUGGAGAGCUAAAGCAAUUUCUACCAAGAAAACAAAAGAGCUGAAGCAAAUGGAAAGUGUUUUAUUUUAGACAAAGUUCUCUUCUCUCUCUCUUUUUGUUUGGCUGAUAUACUUUCUACAGUCUUUAAUUAAGAAACAGUUUCUAACUGAAUUGACAACCCUGUAGUUUGACUUGAAAGGAAGAUACCGGUGUUGCAAAAUGAUGUACUACAUUUCUCUAUCGAUAUAUUCCUAGAACUCUCUUUAAAUGUGAGAAAAUUUAAAAAGAUAAAAAUAAAAAAUAAUAAUAAAAAAUUCUAUUGAGCUUCUACAUAUUUCAACGAUCGGUUGUAUUUUGUUUUAUUUUAUUUUUCCAUAAUAUCACCUAUUUCGUUCAUAAUUGUUAAUAUUUUAAGUCUACUUUUAUAGUUCCUGUAUACAAUCAACUGAUCUAUGCUUUUUUCUUUUUUAAACAAGAUUGGAUUGCUGUUGGGUGUACCACUCCGUAGGUACAAGAUCAAAAAGAAUGCAAAGUAUUCACAGUGGAUGUUCAAUAAAAAAGGAACGAAAAUAAGAAUGACGAGGAAUCCAUAACAUAGAAUAAAAAGCAUGACGGGAAUUGUAAAUUCUAAACUUGAGUUGUUAUAAGGUGCAAAAUCAGUUAUUCAAUUUAAAAUUAUGUCUAUAUACUGUUUAUAUAAUAAAUAAAUUUGGAUCAUCUGUUUGUUUU